AUAGCUAUGGUUUGAUUCAAAAAAUUACUUUUUAUCGCUAUUUUUAUUUCAAUUUCAUCUCAUUUUUUGUUUUUAUUUUUUAUUAUUUAAUUGUUUUUUCAUUUGUUUCAAUCGUUUACUCAAUAUUUAGAUAAUAUUUUCAAAUAAUAUCUGUUUUAAUGAGACAUAAACUGAAAUGAAUAACAAAAAUAUGACAAUCAAUGCAAACAAUAAUAACAAUGUUUUGCAAACAAUGCCAACAUUUUUGUCUCCUUUGGGCCCGAAGUCGACCUCAAAUAAUAGCGUCAAACAGAGCUCAUCGGGGAGUGAGACGGAUGUGUCGACCAACACAUCCACCGAAAACCUGUCCCCUGAAGAACGCUUUGUCCUCCGAAGUGGUGUCCGACAGGAACCUCAGGGCGAAGAGACACUGCUGUCGAUCGGGUCCGGUGUGGACGCCAUGUCUCUCAACAAUACUCUUAUUAUACAUCACAACAAAUCUCUCGAUGGUUUACAAUAUCCGUCGGUUUCGCCGCUUCUUUACGGCCACCGAAUCAAUAACCAAAUCAAUGAUAACAACAAUCAUAACAAUCACAACAACAAUAAUAAUCUAAAUAAUUGUAAUAAUAAUCUAAACGAUACGACAAAUAAAAUACAAUCAAUGGCUGCCAUGACUUCGACACAAUUGGGAUCUCUUUUGCCAUCAAAUAAUAAAUUCAAUUCACAUAUAAAUAAUGUAUUGAUACGAAACAAAUCGCCGCCUAAUCUCCAGUUAAGUCCGACCCGAACCUCAAGUUACGAAUCGGUGCCCUCGAGUCCGAACUCAUUCAAUAAAGCACUUCUUCAACACUUCCAACUCAAUAAUGCGAUCGAAAGCACAUCUGGUCUCCAGCAGCCAAUGCUAACCAAUUACUUGAACUCAUUGUCCAGUCAUUGGAAAGUUGGCGACAACUCUCUCAACAGUUAUGAUAUGUUUAAACCUAACCUCCAUUUGCCGCCACCGCCAGAGUAUGAGCGCCAGUGGAACAACUCGAGCCCCAUCUCUGUCUCUACCUCUCCAUCCAACUCAACGACACCCGAAUCCAAAUCAGUUGAACGAUUGCCGACUUCUCGAUCACAUCCCGAUCUCUUGAAAUUCGACGACGAAUUGGCGAUAAAGGACUCCAAAUGUAAUGAAAUGAAUCCUAAAUACAAUAUGAUUGAAAUGUUGAGCGCAGAGAACUCGGCCCUCAAAACAGAGUUAGAUCUCUAUUAUAAGAAAGUUCUUAAACUUCAAAAAUUUGAACUGGAGAUCCAAAAAGUACAUCAAUCGCACGAAGACCUCAUGAGAUCGUCGGAUAAGAAGGAGAUGUUAGAGCGCGCCAUCAGAUAUAAACUGGAAAACGAUUCCCGACGACUCAACCAACAGAAUCGAGAUUUGAAAAACCAAUUGGAAACUGCUUUAAAUCACAUCUCGAAACGACCGAUUAGCGACUCUUUAGACGACGGAGAACUUAAAAAGGAAAUUGCGAAAAGAGAUGUUCUCAUCGCACAACUCCUCUCUCAAAAUAAAGAACUCUUGAAUGAGAAGGAAAGACAAGAAAUUGAAUUACAAGCCCAACGGCUAACACUUCAGGAACAGCGCAAUCACAUCGAUAUUUUGGACAACGCAUUGAUGAGCACUCAAAACAAUGUGAUUAAAUUGGAGACAGAGUGUCGUAAGAAACAGGCGUAUGAGGAAAGGGCUUCACAUUUACAGAAGGCUUUGUCUAAUUUACAACUCGCCAGCGAUAGGAGACUAACGAUGGAAAAGAGAGUUCGGACUCAUCUCGAGAAAGAGAUCGAGAGUUUGAAAAAACAGCAACAAAUUGGAGGACAAAAAGUGGAACUCAGUUCGGAGACAGACAUCGAUGACAUGAAAAGAGAAAUCCGUGACUACGAGGAGAAGAUAAUUUCAUUGGAAGCAGAGGUGACUAAAUGGGAACAAAGAUAUCUCGAAGAAAGCACUCUUAGGUCUAUCGAAGUGAGCGCUGCGUCGGUUCCGAAAGACGCCAAAAUCGCGGCCUUAGAGCGCACUUCACAGGAAAGUGAGAAACUGAUAGCUGAGGCUCGGAGUGACAAACUGAGACAUAUGGACGAACUGCACGUCGCCAACAAGAAGAACGCAGAAUUCGAGGGACGCGUCAAAGACAUGGAGUCGAAACUCGCGGAGAAAGAAGCCAUGAUUCGAGUCCUGAGACAACACUCCAGAGACAAAGACGUGGUUUUGCAGAAGACUGUGUUGGCCAACAGACACACGCGAUCGGCCAGCACUAUGGGACUCACUUCCACUUCAGGCUCUCAUAACUCGAAUCAAUCCAAUACUGGAAUCAAUACAAUGAGGACAACACGCGAAGAAUUAGCCCAAAGUAACUGUCAGUCAAAUGACUUGAAUUCUCAAAAUGGAUCCAACGAUACGAACAAAUUGAAUCUCGAAGAACAGCUCAAACAACUAGAUUCCCGACUCACGAACAAAUUAGAAACCAAAAUACAGAAUGAAUUCUUAUUACAUAAAAGUUUUAUAGUGAAUAUGGGCUCAAAGAAUUGCACAGCAAGACCCCCGCCGGGAGACUGUAGUCGGACCCUCAUUCCGGAGACUCCCGGGGCUUCGGGAACACUAUCAUUGAUAGGCUGUACUCUACAUGAUUUAGUUAAUGGUCUGCACAAUGAAUCACACGAUGACGACAACCAAUUGGUCCACAGAUUAGCUCAAAGUGAAGACAAAUUAAAUAAAUUCAAAGCAUUGGCCGUCAAACUGAAGAAAGAGCUGAACGACACGAAACAACAGCUCUUGAAGUCGUCUUCGGAUUGCAAUGAAUUGAAAGCACAGCUCAAGACUCAGGACAGGGAGAAGAUAUCGGCCUCUUAUCAACAAAUUGUCUCCAAUUUUCAGAGUUUGCAAACAGAAUACGACAAAAUCCAAGACCAAAACGAUUGUCUCACUUCUCGUAAUAAAGAUCUCGACAAAGAUUUAGCCGAAGGGCUCAACGAAUUGACACGAUCUAUGGAGGCGUCCAGGAAAUUGGUUACAGGUAGGGUGACCAACCGUCCCGGUUUUGAGCAUUUUGUCCUGUGUCCGGCGAGGGUCAGACCGGGACAGGGACGGUCAAAUAGUGAAUAUGGGCUCAAAGAAUUGCACAACCCCCGCCGGGAGACUGUAGCGGACCCUCAUUCCGGAGACUCCCGGGAGCUCUGGAACACUAUCAUUGAUAGGCUGUACUCUACAUCAACAAAUAGUGAUUUAGUUAAUGGUCUGCACAAUGAAUCACACGAUGACGACAACCAAUUGGUCCACAGAUUAGCUCAAAGUGAAGACAAAUUAAAUAAAUUCAAAGCAUUGGCCGUCAAACUGAAGAAAGAGCUGAACGACACGAAACAACAGCUCUUGAAGUCGUCUUCGGAUUGCAAUGAAUUGAAAGCACAGCUCAAGACUCAGGACAGGGAGAAGAUAUCGGCCUCUUAUCAACAAAUUGUCUCCAAUUUUCAGAGUUUGCAAACAGAAUACGACAAAAUCCAAGACCAAAACGAUUGUCUCACUUCUCGUAAUAAAGAUCUCGACAAAGAUUUAGCCGAAGGGCUCAACGAAUUGACACGAGUUAGAGAGGAAUUGGCAGAAACUAAGGAUCAAAUCGAUGGACUCAACGCUACCAUCACUUCAAUCAAAGAUGAGAAACAAAGUUUAGAGACAAGAAAACGAGAGUUUGAAUCGAAAGUAAUUGUAUUGCAAAAUGAGUUGGAUUUGGAGCGCAAGAGGAAUGUGGCCAACAGUGGGUUAGAGCAGACAAUCAGUGAACUUCACCAUCAAUUGGAUGAGAAGACCACUGAGAUUAUAGAUAUCAGCGAUAGGUUUGAGAGCGCAAAGCAAGGCAUCAAAAAUUUUGAUGAAUUGUUCGCUGAAAAACAGGAACUCAUAUCUCGUGUCGAGUCCUUAGAAAAGGAGAAUUUAAUUUUUAGAGAAGACGUUCAGAAAUAUAGCGAAACAUUAGAAACACAAUUGUCUGAAAUAGAAAACUAUAAAAUAAAAGGUUCGGAACUGACGGCACAUAUCAAUAGUUUGGAGACUCAGUUGAGGACAACGAAUGAAACGUUUAAUAAAAGUGUGAAGAGUUUAGAAACUAAAGUGAAUGAAAUGCGUUCACAAAUCACUUGUUUGGAGAGUGAGCUCAACGCCAAAGACGAGAAGUUUGAAGAAUACAAACAUAGAUUCUUAAACAACACAACGAUUCCCAAAAUAAUGAGCGAAACUCAAAACAAAUGUCGGACUUGGAGUCAACUA